AUGAGUUUGCCACCGUACGCCAUUGCAGUAUUAAUAGACAACACUGAUAUAUCAAUUGAUGGAGAUUUUUACCCCAAUAGGCUCGACGCUCAAAAAACGACAGUUGAUAGACUGUCCCAAUUCUAUUUUUCCUCAAAUCCUAAGUCCCAAAUAGGAAUUGUUACGAUGGGAUCAAAGGAAUUUGGUCUUCGUACCUCUCUUACAUCAUCGCAUACAACAAUUCUGAAGACCUUGCAGAAUAUUAAACCCGGCGGAAGCUUGUACUUUUUAAAGGCUCUUAAGACCAUCAUGAUAAUGCUAAAGUAUUGCAAUACCGAUGUUGAAGAGAAAAGAGUCCUUGCUUUUAUCGGAGGAGACCAUGGAAUCAAUGAUAAAGAAAAAGCAAACGAAAUAGCCACAACAUUUACUAGAGAAGAUAUACCAUUGGAUAUAGUUAUUAUUGGAAAGCGAGUUCCAAAUGUACCGCUUAUUAAAAAUAUGUGUCGUCAGAUUCCAGGAUCCAACUGUAUCGAGAUCAGAGAAUGUGAUAACCUCCUUAGCGAUAAGGUAUUCAGCUCCAAAAUAUGUCCUGCAAAAAAUUUGUCACAAGCGGAACUGAAUGAGCUGAUCGAGAACGAACCUGCUUUUUCUGUUAUACGUCAGUCCAUGGCUCAUUCAGCCCAGAAAAAAGAUCCAACUAAAUCCGGAAGCUCAAAUUCUUCUCCAAGCAAGUACAAGCCUCAGAUGCUCAAAAAAAUGAUACCACAUAUCAAAAACCAUUGA